AUGAUCAACAAAAUGCAGUGGUAUUUACUGAAGUUGUUUUUCCACCUAGAACCAUCUGCCCCAGAUGUCCCUUUGACUGACCCAUUCUUCUGCCUAUGGGGUUUGGUGAACAAUGCCAGCAUUGGUGUGCCAGCUGCCCCAAAUGAAUGGCUGACCAAAGAUGAUUUCUCAAAAAUCUUGAACGUGAACUUGCUUGGCCUCAUCGAAGUGACGCUGAGCUUUCUUCCCCUGAUCAGAAAGGCCAGGGGAAGAGUAGUCAAUGUUUCUAGCCCAACUGGGAGACUAUCUGUGUUUGGUGGCGGCUACUGCAUUUCUAAGUAUGGCGUAGAAGCUUUUUCUGACUGCCUGAGAAGAGAGCUGUGUCCUUUUGGAGUUCGUGUUGCUAUCAUGGUACCCGGGAGCUUUAAAACAUCCAUUUGCCCUGACAAUAUAGAGGAUAUAUUCAAGGGAAUCUGGAGUCGAGUGUCCCCAGAGGUGAAGAAGAGCUACGGAGACAAGUACUUCAAAGGCUAUUGCCAGUAUUUUAAUAAACUCACAUCUCAAGGACAGAAGAAUCUAACCCCGGCCACCAACUGCAUGGAGCAUGCCCUGACCGCCGUCUACCCUCGGAUCCGCUACUCUGCUGGCUGGGACGCCGCAAGCUUCAUUCUCCUGUCUUAUUUACCAGCAUCUGUGGCAGACUUUAUUCUUAGUCUUUCUUCAAAUGCGGUCAGGCCUGCUGAUGCUGUGUAGUCUACAAGUUUAGCCUACACAGCUGAUUCUAGAUGGGGGGUAACAAGUCAGCUGUUCCUCCUAGGAGCAGAAAGAACCAAGGGAACACGCAGCUCUCUAUUUCAGCUGGUUCUCAGAGGCCCUGUCGUAUUUUAGUUCACAAAUUCUCAGAUUCCUUCUCUCAAAAAAUGCUUGGUGAGCACCUCCCAAGUUCCAGGCACAGUUCUGGGUGCUUAAGAUUCAUCCAUACACAAAACCAAGAUCCCUGCCUCCUAGUACUCACAUCCUGGCCAGAUCACCCUGCACCCUGGUGCAGGAUGAUGGUGCUGAGAGAAUUAUUGAAAUUCUA